UCCAAAACCCACAGGAUGGUGAAACACGUGCACGUGUGUGUGUAUCGAUUUUCGGCGACAUCAAUCAAGUAGGUUAGUCGAAGCAGAACACUUGUGGCGCGAGGUGCGCAGAUCAUACUCGAGUUAGCCUAUUUAGAGAGCGGACUUUAAGUCCAGCGAUCACUGAAGGAGUGUAAAGAAAUGUGCUCGGGGUUUUGGUAGAAGCCUCUUCAGGGCUCGGGUUUAGCUGACAGGAGGGAGUAACAGUUCUUAUUAGCACCGAUAGAGAAACUACAUCCGAUCGGAACAGUGAGGAAACUGACUUUAAUCGAGUAACGACCAUGGUUAACGAAACAGGAUACUUGCAGGAACAUUUAGGCCCAAAGCGUGCUGCUCUUUCGCUGGUCAUUCCAAUGACCGUAGUUUAUACUGUAAUUCUACUUACUGGGGUAGUGGGUAACAUCUGCACGUGCGUGGUAAUUGCUAGAAACAAAUACAUGCACACGGCCACCAAUUAUUACCUGUUCAGCUUGGCCGUGUCUGAUGUACUUCUACUGGUACUAGGCAUACCGCAGGAGAUAUACGUUUCAUGGCAGAGUUAUCCUUAUAUCUUUGGAGAAUGCUUUUGUGUUAUCCGAGGAUUGACAUCAGAGACGUCUACAAACGCGUCCAUCCUGACCAUAACAGCUUUUACGGUGGAACGAUAUUUGGCCAUCUGCCAUCCUCUCCGAGCCCACAGAAUGUCCCAGCUUUCUCGUGCUUUAAAAAUAAUCGUAUUCAUCUGGGUAGUUGCCACUCUGUGUUCGAUUCCUGUCGUUGUCCAGCUUGGAAUAGUCUAUCAGCUAAACGGUAACGAGACAGCCAUCUUGGAGUCGGCUACAUGUGGUAUAAAAAGGGUAUUACCCUACAUUUUUGAAGCGUCGGCUCUCCUCUUCUUCCUCCUCCCACUCACAGUCAUAUCGUUUCUCUACAUCUUGAUUGGUCUAAAACUUCGGCGUUUCACUGCCGGCCACAAAGAUUCGACUCCCGAACUAGCUAGUUGCCGGAGUACUAACCAGUCUUCUCGCCGUGCAGUUGUCAAAAUGCUGG